UGUCAGAACUAACGCCAGUUGGUCUUGGAAUAGUGUUUGUUAUUGAUAAUAUAAUGAAUUUCGACACUAAAAAAUUUAUAAUAGAAAUUCAAAACCGUCCUUGUCUAUGGGAUAGUUCAUUAAGUGAAUAUUCCGAUCGUAACUUAAAAAGUAAAUGUUGGGACGAAUUAGUGGACAUAUUUAAAGAAAAAGAUGUGAUGACAAAGCAAGAAAAAUAUAACCUAAUUUAUACAUUACAAAAACGGUGGAAAGGUAUCCGCGGCUGCUUCACACGAGAACUGAACCGGCAAAAAUCAUUGAAAAUCGGGGUGAAUAGCGGACCACGUAAAAGCGAAUAUAUAUUUUUCAAACAACUGCUGUUUCUACAGAAGGUUGUUACUUUAAAGGAGCCAGAAGUUGCGGCAGACCUUGAAGAUCACGAGCCAUCAAUAGAUUCUGAAGCUUCCGAAUAUGAUGAUGAAGCACAAGAAGAAUGUCUUCCGAAAAGAAGGAAAACAAAACAAAAUACCGAAGAAGAUACAUUUUUAGAACUCCUUUACAGAUCUUUUAAACGUAGAGAACAAAAUAAGGGUCUAAAUCAAGAUGAGGACAGGUUAUUCAUGCUGUCUUUAGUCGGAACUUUAAAACAAGUGCCUCCCAAUAAAAAGAUGGCAACGAAAAUAAAAAUUAUGUCAGUUCUAGAAGAAGCAACCCGCUCUGAGCCCAUUGAUGGUAAUGCAUAGAAGUAGUAGUAAUAAACAGCUGUUAUACAUCAUGAUUAGAUUGGGGUCAAGCGAGAUUGGCAGUUUUACAGUUUCUUUUGCAAAUACACAAUCAUAAAAUGUAAAUAAAUUAA